UACUCGCCCUUCAGUUAGCUCGCCUCCUCCAGCUCCAUCAGUCUUCAUGUCCACUAUGCGGGAGGCAUUUGUUUCAAUACUGCUGCUAGUCGCCGCCGCGAGCUGCUCAGACCUCGGGAAAGACGUCAAUUACUAUAAAGAUUAUCUGCGUGCGCGCUCCGACGAGUUGCCCGAAGGCCCUGCGAUGGCGGAUCGGCUUUAUUUCUAUCGGACACCGCUGCAGCUGUACCCGGGAUUAUUGCCGAUACUGGAACAGGAGUAUAGGAAGAGGACAGGAAAUGUAUUCAAAAAUCAUAUGCUAAAUAAGGACUCGUUGCUGGAAGGGCUGAUACCUGAGAAGCGAAGCUCGAAAACUGCCCUGUCGGCGAUGCUACAGGGGAAACAUGCUUUGCCCACGGAUGAAGGGCAUUAUUGCCCAUACGGAAAAUAGAGAGGAGUUGGUGAUAGAAUAGAGUAUGAUCAGGGUGAGGAUCACGAUCAGAACAACACGGAUUUUAUAGUAGAAUAAUAAGACAUAGUUAUAUAAUGAUCUACAAGUAUUACAUGUUGUG